GGCAAAACAUACACAUUUGACGUUGUCCUGCAACCCAAUGCAACGCAACUGGAGGUCUACGAGAAGAGUGUCAAAUCCAUUGUACUUUCCGUGUUGAACGGAUAUAAUGGAACGAUUUUUGCCUACGGACAAACGGCUUCGGGGAAAACCUAUACCAUGGAGUCUAUUGGAGUUAGCCUGUCCAUUAAUCACGUGACUAUGGUCAAAACGAUCGAAACUGCGCCUUGGGAACUUUCCAAACAGGGCCGGAUGAAGGAUGCUGAACACAAAGGAAUCAUACCAAGGAUCAUCGAGGAUAUUUUUCUGCACAUUGAAAAGAUGGACGAAAAUUUGGAAUUUCUCAUCAAGGUUUCUUAUUUCGAGCUAUAUAUGGAGAAGAUCAAAGAUUUGCUUGAUAUGUGCGUUUNAAUUUCCGUGUGUGUUUUAGUCUCAAAAACGAACCUUCCGAUUCAUGAAACAAAGGGUCGUGUAGCUUAUGUGAAGGGUGUGACGGAACGCUUUGUAUCUUGUGCGGACGACUUGUUAGAUGCGCUGGACGAGGGGAAAAUGAAUCGUCAUGUAUCAGUUACAAGAGGUGAUCGAUUGGUUGAGUCUCCCAACAUUGGAUCGGCCUCAAUGCCUUCUGUCUUUCUUACAGAUAUGAACGAACACAGCUCACGCAGCCAUUCAAUAUUUCGCAUCUGCAUACAACAGAACAAUCGGGAGACUGGGAAACAGCUGAUCGGGUCACUCUAUUUGGUCGACCUUGCCGGAAGUGAAAAGGUUUCCAAAUCUGGGGCGGAAGGUUCGACACUAGACGAGGCGAAAAACAUCAACAGAUCACUGUCCACACUUGGUAACGUGAUCAAUGCGCUGGUUGAAGGAAGUACUCAUGUUCCCUAUCGCGAUUCAAAGUUGACAAGAAUAUUACAACAAUCUCUGGGAGGUAACUCCAAGACAACGAUAAUUAUUGCCGCUUCACCUGCGGUUUCAAACGAGUUGGAAACAAAGUCCACUAUGGUUUUCGGAGUUCGAGCAAAGACCAUCAAGAAUCAGGUCGCGCCAAACGCACAAUUAACCGCUGAGGAGUGGCGUCGUCUGUAUGAACGUGAAACGGAUCGCACUAGACAACUUUUCGUCGCUCUAGUGACGCUGGAUGCGGAGGUCAGACGCUGGAGAAAUGGAGAAACACUUUCAAAGGAGCAGUGGUUUACUGAGGAUAACUUUGGAAAGGCUUACGGGGAACUGAUUUGCGAAAACGCGGAUAGCUUGAUACACUCGUCACCAGGUGAACGAGCCACGUCCUUUGCUAUGCCUCUUGCACAGGACACACCCAGAACUGAAACUCCAUCGUUAUCGGUUACAAAUCCACCGAAAUGUCCGAUGCGGAUUUCCACACAAAUCACCGAGCCAGCGGAGGAGACGCAAUCUGCCGAGGUCUUCCGGUUGUUGGACGAAAAGGAUGAUGAAAUCAACAAACAGUGCCAGUUGGUGGCCAAACUGGAAAAUCAGCUGAGCCAAACCAGGGAGGAUUAUACGCGAGCCACCCGGGAGAACGAUAGGUUGCAAACACUUUUGGAAAAGGUUCAGCGAGAAGCUGACGUACGUCGCACAGAAGUGAAAGAUGUCCUUCAAGCGCUUGAGGAGUUAGCAGUUACAUACGAUGAGAAGAAUACGCAGUGUAAGAAAGUCUCAAAGGAACUGGAAGAUAUGACAACUGAAAUUGCCAAACUGAAAGAGAAGCUGGAAACUCACGAGGCUGAUGCGGAAGAACUGAAAGCCAGCAGUGCCGCGAUUAAAGAGAAGCUGAGAGAGCUAAUCUACAAUCUAAACGUAGAAUUGUCGGAUUUGGGGUCGCAGCUGAGCAAAGUAUUUUCGAACCUUGUUUUUCUUCAGCGCACCCCUCCAGACAAAUCGGACGCAGUGGAAGAACAGGCCGCUGUCCUCAAACUCUAUGUGCUACAGAUCAAAUCCGAAUUACAAACUCUGAUAAAACAUGCCGACGUUCGUCCAAGUGAGGGGCAUUCCUUACAAGGUCCACCUUUGGGAUCGUCCAGGAAUCUGCCCAACUCAUCAAUGGAUUUCGGGGAGUUUCAGCGUGAUGUCGAGCGCAAGACAAAAGAGUUGAUGAACUUAUUAAAAGAAUCCGAGAAGACGAUCACCCGAAAACAAAGCCAAAUUACGCAACUGGAAGCGGAACUCCAAAUGCUCAACAAGGAAUUGCUUCAGCAACGGUCAGCAAAACAACUCUUGACAGAAUUAAAACAAGUCGGUGGGAUGUCCGAACAAAUCUUCUCCCGGAUUCAGCAUGCUAUGGAACGUACUGCCACACACAUUCAAGAUCAGCUGGCCAAAGCAAAAGGUGAUGCACAAUGUGCACACAACGAGGCAGACAAACUAAAGGAUGUUGUGCUACAAAAUUUUGACUGUGUGAUAUGUAGUGUGAAGACAGAUCACCUUUCAGAGCCAUGCCGUUGUGUAAAAACAAACUCACCGACCAUACGACUCCGAAAAUCCUCUGCGUUCUCUUCUCUCCAAUUAACCAGAGAGAAUAUCAUUCUCAAAGUGCAACUGGAACGAUUCGUCACAGAGACCGAAUUACUCCAACGCCGCCUGGAUGGUCUAGAAUCCGGGAAGAAUGAGCCACCAAUUGCCUUAAAAGAACAAGCCAAAAAUGAACUGAAGGCCAUGGAAGACACGGUCAUGCAUGAAUUGGAGGUGCUACACUCACUCCGUAGGAAUUUCAUCGCUGAUUUGAAGAAUAGAGUGAAGAAGAACGUAAACAAAGACACCAGUGUCCUGGACGAUGAACCCAUUGAAACCCAAGCGGUUGGGUUGGGAGUGCAACGCGAACGAAUAGCCUUCUUGAAGACAAGUCUUGAUAAUCUUACCAAAGUUCACAAGCAACUGGUAAGGGAUAAUGCAGACCUGCGAUGCGAUAUACCCAAGUUGGAAAAGCGUGUAAAAGCCAGUAUGGAACGGAUCAAAGAUUUGGAGGUUGCGUUGCGUGAAUCGAAAGAGCAGAUGAUGCGUGACAAGCGAAGAUAUCAUCAGGAAAUUGAACGCAUUAAAGAAGCGAACUGGGCUCGUGGAAACGCACGUGUUCGGACUAAUAUCGAAGGGCUUUCAAAUAACUCAUGGUUAUACGGCAGUGAAGUAUCGGUCGAUGAUGAUGAUGAUGAUGAUGAUGAUGAUGAUGGUCGUGAUGUACUGGCCACGUAUUGUAUACCGUAG